AUGGUUCCUGCCUACAUUAUCUCCGUGUAUGAGCGAGAUAAAAAAAGCAAGUGGAACUCGAAGAACAGCGCAAAAGGCAUAGGCUCCUUGAAUCUCGUACGAAUGGGCCUGGCUAGAGCUCGCUCCAGCCGCAUCUUCAAGGGUGGUGUCCCUCUGUCUGAUUGGAUAUUGCUCACCCAGGAGGAAUUGAGCGCAAAGUACAAAGAGAUCAUGGCCUGUCUGCAAGACCAUCAAUACGGACCAUUUAAGAUAGCUGUCAUGUUCUUCAGUCUAGACAAAGCCGUCGAACUAGGCACUACCGCAGGGACAUACACCAAUCAUCCAGCGAUGUCAUCUAUCACAUUGAAGAAAUGA